UAUUUUUUGAUUGAUCAUUCAUAAAGAUAUUUUGGGCCACUCUCUCUUUAAAGGAUCAAAAAAAAGCAAAAUCAUUUUUUUCAACAACUAAGUAAAAAUAUGGGCGCAUGCGUUUCGCUCUGUUUAUCAGUGGAUUCCAAAAACGAGAAUCUCGUGAUCUCCUCGCCGGUCAAACCGAGCUCCUUCCCGGUCAACGGCCGGGAUCAUUCCGCCGCCGUGUUGGCCGUCACAGCAAGCCUCUCUCUUCCCGGUUCCCGCGGCGGAGGUAGCAAGGAUGAUGCGUUCUUCGACUCACAACCCUGGUUGGAAUCGGAUUGUGAAGAUGAGUUUUUAAGUGUCAAUGGUGAUUUCACCCCAUCUCGCGGAAGCACUCCUGUCCACCACAGAUUCUCUUCCGGGAAUCCAGCGGUGAAUAAGCCCCAACCCGUACCUGAGCCUUUACCAGAGCCAUUUCCGAACAAGAGGCUCUCGGAGCUCUUCCAAGAGAGCUUACGCCACCAGCAAGGUGGGGACAAGGAGGAUGAAGCCAGCGAGGAGAGCGUCAUUGCUGGAAACGAAGAAACGAGCGAAAGAAGUGGGAAUGAAGCAGUGAGAGAGGAGCAGUCGGCGCAGUGUUGCAUUCCCAGGUUGCGUUCAAGACGACCCUCAACGAAAGCACGGGUCGAGAAAGUUUAGACACCAUUAACAUGGUGAGAAUCAUAUGUGGUGAGAUACACAGGUCACCCACUUAUAAGUUUUAGCAAUGUGGAUGAACUAGCAAAGUAAAUAUAUUUGAGUAUUUGACAAUCCUAUUAUCUAAAUUUUGUGCAAAGGGACAUUAAGUUCCUGAGAAUAGUAUUUACACCCCGAAUUUCGGUUUCAAGGUUAAGGUUAUUUGGUUAUUCGCAUAA